GGAACAUCAGUUUCAAGAUAGCCAAUGAUCUGUUGACAUGAUUUUCAAAGUUUGUAUAAUUUUUGUUGUAUUUCCGCUGGUACACUGUACAACGAAAGUUCCUGAUGCAACUCAGUUGGAUGAGCAAGUAGAAUCAUCGACAGCUUUCUAUGAAGUGGGUUCAUCUACCGAGUUUUACAACGUAACAGAAGUGGAACUACGUGAAGCUGAAGCAAGAAGGGUUGGAAUCGAUGUGGAAGCCCUGUCGGCAUUAGCUUAUGGCAGCCCUACUCCGGUCAACAAAACAUUCUAUCUUCGCUAUCGAAGGGCGACUUUCUGGCAGGCUGCUCAAUACUGCAUAGACGAGGACAAACGGCUGGCUUCCAUAGACAGUGAAAAGCAGUCGGAUCAACUGUUGCUGCAAUUAAAAUAUUCCAGUGAUGGAUUUUAUAUGGCUGGCACUGACUUAGGCCGUGAAGGUAGCUGGAUCUGGAUUAACUCGAAUAGGCGAAUUGUGCAACCGAACUGGGCCGUAGGUCAACCGGAUAACGUGGGAAACAUCGAAAAUUGUUUGCAAAUUAACGGGGCGGGAUCCGCUACCUGGAAUGACGUGGACUGCAAUAUGAUAAAUUUCUACAUCUGUGAAGAUAACCCGAAACUACCCCCACUGUAUCAAUAAGGGGUGGAAACUUCAAUAAAUUCCAAAUAUAUGGAACAUUA